AACACUCACCCUACUCCAACCAUGUACUCGCAGCGACCAUCCCAUCCGUCGCUGAAGCGAGCAAACUCAAAAGAAAGCCAGAAUAGCUAUGGCAGCGCUGCCACUACCGUCUCGCGCUCCAGCUCCAAGCUGCUGUUUGGGGAAAUUCCACUGAGUCCUAUAACAACCGCAGAUGGAAAAUCAAUGCGAUCGAAUGGCUCCAUCUGCAACUUGGUGCUCUCUACCAGCUCAGUCUUCUUACGCUUCUGGCUAAAUGAUACCUGCCGCGACAAUGUGCUGGACCGCCUCGAGCCCGAGGACCUGUCCAAAGUGCGCCUGGUGUGCCAUGACUUCUCUGCAAAGGCUGCACCGCGACUCUUUGAAAAGUUGACGGUGACGUUCAAGACCUCGACCUUUACCAAGCCGGCGCGCAUGGAUGCGCUUUCGAGAAUCGGUCGCCACGUCAAGACCUUUACCUUUUACAUGCCUCAUAGCCCGGAGACGUGCCUACCGCCCAUUAUCGACCCAUUGACCGGAUCAGAAAAACAAUUCAUCUAUGAGCCCCAGAUUCAGGCACCCCCGUGUGGACCAGCCAAGGACAAGGCACCCAAGUACGGCACCUGGGAGAUGCAGGAUCUACUCAUCAAGCAGUACCCGCCACUGUUCCAUGCUGCUACCAAUGUUCCUGCCUUUUGUGCAGCCUUUUCAGAGCUUGUUAAUCUUACCCAUCUCAGGAUCUCGUGUCCGGGAUCUAGCGGCGCACAAAGACAUCGACGUGGUGUUGUAGACUAUGCACUCAUCUCCCUUCGCAUUGCUGUUGAGCGUGCACCACUGUAUAGCCUUUCUGCCCUCUCCCUGCUUCCCAUCCACCCCGGUGGGCUACUCUACCUUCAUCCCAUGCAUGGCUUUGGGAGCACCCCUUCAUCUGCAAAGCGCUGGCGGCAAAUCCGCCGUCUGUCGAUAUGCAUGGAGAGCAUCCCCUUCGCAUCAUCCUCACCGCGCACCCGUACUCAAUCCAUAGAACACCUUCGCAUCCUCCAUGCCUACCUCGCCACCAUCUCGCGCAGCCUAACCCGCGUCUUCUUCCGCUGGAAAGGCGACCGCGGCCCCUCGCCACUAUCGCUCGACUGUGAGCCAUGCAUGCUCCCUAGCCCAGAAGAAUCAGCACAGUACCCUUCGCUCCGUGGCCAAACCCACGGCCCGCGCCCGCUCCAAUUCCCCCGCCUCCGCAUCAUGGAACUCGAAAACGCCGUCAUGGACUCUACACAGAUCAGCGACUUCAUCCUCAAGCACAGGAACACGCUUCGCGAGUUCAACUUUGAAGACGUCAAGCUGCGCGAGGGCGACUGGGACCACGCGCUCGAACCCCUGACGGUCAUUUCGGGCGACGACAGCUGGAAGCAGUAUAAAGAGGAAGUCAUGGAUGUUCCCAUCAUGCUGUCGCCUAUUGAAGCCGAGCCACGCAUCAUGGGGCCCUUGCUAGAAGAGGUCGAGAAUGCAAUUGAGGCUGUUAGUGGGAGAGAGCGGAGAGAGCAUGCCUUGUCGAGAUGGUUGGGCAAGCCUCGGCAGACACUGCGUUCGAACAAAGACAGCUUUUGGGGCGGUGGUAAGCGGUUGCUUCAUCUGUCCAACUGGAAGGCUGGUGGUGCUGUCAUGGCGCAUUGAGCGUCUUCUUUUUUUUCCUUCUCUUUCUCUUCCCUUCUCUUCUCCUGUUCAUAUCAAGUCUCUCUUUCUUUGCGCGGAUACCCCUUUGGGAUGGUAAGAAAAAAAGGAAGGCGUUUCUUUUCUUCCCGUCUUCCACUUGGGGCACCAUGGGUCUAUGGCCUGUCCUGUCUUUUUCCUCUUUCCUUUGUUGCUCGCCAUUGCAUCUUCCAACUCCGCAUCUUCACGGCUUUUACGACGACCACGAGAAUCACGCUCACGAUGUUAUGGGUUAUGUAAAAGUAGUAGUAGUAGUAGUAUGCCUCACGAUCGCUGAAUCACAGUCUCCUUAUGUUCCC